AUGACAGUGGGCAAGACCAACAAGUUCAAUGACCGCGACCACGCUGGCUUGGCUGAUGGUACUGCCGCUGCUACUGAACAUCUCCCUCGUUACUUUGCAAAGGCAGGUCACGUCGAUGCCGAUCCCAAGAAGACCAAGAAGAAUGGUGCCGGAAAGGGAGGCUGGGGUGUCGAUGGCGAGGAAGUCCAGGACGAGGGCUUCAAUCUUGCCAAUGCACGCCGCCGCUCCAAUAGCAGCAGCUACACGGCCGGCUUGAAGGAUUUCAAGACCAAGUUCGAGCAGGUUGAGCAAGAGCCCGUCUUCGAGGAGGAACUCCACGGCCCAGGAGAAGACUUCGAAGAGCUCCCCGAGACUCGACGUGUUAAUACCGAGAGCUCCGAUGGCAGCAUCGAUGAGGAUGACAAGGCCAAGAGCGUUUAGGUUGGGGAUAACCGAUCCAGAAGUAGUCGCUGCUAUAUCACUGUGGGAUAUCAGGCAGACGUAUGGUGUUGUCUGCUGGCGGAUAGCAGAAUAACUUCUGAAUCAGGCAUCGUUCGCCGAUGACAAUUUGCUGGCAUAUGACCAGGUGUACUUUAGCUUUUCAAAGGCAUAGAAGGAUUGCCCAGUAUUUUACAGUUUCCCAAUGACUUGUGCUGAAGAUUAAUGGAUAUCGAAUAACC